CCAAAGAGGGGAUGGAAACAGACACAGAUACAAUGGAAUGCCAAAUGAAAAGAAAGCUCAGCGCAGAGGCUUUUGAUAUUUUGUGGGAAUUGCGUAAAUCAGGGCAGCUGUGUGACGCUGUUAUCAAAGUAGAAAACAAAGAAUUUCCCAUUCAUCGAAAUAUCAUGUCUGCGUGUAGUCCAUAUUUCAGAACUCUCUUCACAACUGAAUUUUUCCAAACGAAUGCAAAAGAAGUCGUGAUCACCGGUGUGUCUGCUGAUAUAAUGAGUCUAAUUAUAGACUAUGCCUACACAAGAAGUGCUGCUGUGACGUCAGACAACAUAGAACGUCUGCUUCCUGCUGCCGACCAGUUUCAUGUCUUGGGUCUCGUCAAUCAUUGCUGUGAUUUCCUAAUGUCGCAGAUAACAGCAGAAAACUGUAUUGGAAUAUUAAGAUUCGCAAAAAAUUAUUUUUGUCCAAAUUUGGAGAAGGAAGCCUACCGUUUUCUUAUGAUUAAUAUUGCAGACGUUAUAGCGAAUAGUAAUGAAUUUUUGCAAUUCGACAUUGAGGAAGUGUGUCAUAUUUUAAGUUCUGACUCUUUGAAUGUAAAGAACGAAAAAAUAGUCUUUGACGCAGUAAUACGCUGGAUCGAUUACUAUCCUGUUACCAGGAAAGUGUAUAUCGCCCGAUUAUUGAAAACGAUUCGCCUUGGACUUUUAAGUAAGAAGUAUUUCGUGGAAAAGGUUAAAGUUCAUCCUUAUGUCAAGGAUAAUGAAUUUUGUAAACCUUUAGUCAUAGAUACUUUGAAAUAUCUGUAUGACUUAGGUACAGAUGAGCCUAGGACCAUGGGAAUGUGUUGCAAUAUCGCGGCACCUCGCAUUCCCCACGAGAUUUUGUUCGUUAUUGGCGGAUGGAGUGGUGCAUCGCCAACAAACAUUGUGGAGAUAUAUGAUACACGUGCAGAUCACUGGGCCAUUUGUGAUAUAGCAGAUAGAGCAGGCCCAAGAGCGUACCACGGAACAGUGACACUAAAUCAAAUGAUUUACGUCAUCGGAGGGUUUGAUGGGAUAGAAUAUUUCAACAGCGUGCGCAGCUUUGACCCGAUAACCAAAGAAUGGAAAGAAGUGGCACCAAUGAACACAAAAAGGUGCUACGUCAGUGCGGUUGUACUUGAGGGUUAUAUCUACGCCAUAGGCGGGUAUGAUGGUCAGCACAGACAAAACAGCGCGGAGCGAUAUCUUCCCGCCAAAAAUCAGUGGAGUUUAAUCUACCCAAUGCACGAACAAAGGAGCGACGCCAGCGCCACCUCUCUUAAUGGAAAAGUAUACAUUUGCGGGGGGUUUAACGGACAGGAGUGUCUAAAUAGUGCCGAAGUCUACGAUCCCGAGACGAAUCAAUGGACAGAACUGCCACCGAUGAGAAUCAGGCGCAGUGGCGUAGGCGUUAUUGCCUAUCAGGAAGAAAUCUACGCCUUAGGCGGAUUCAAUGGACUUGCCCGAAUUCAUUCUGCAGAAAAGUAUUGUCCGAAAAGAAAUGCGUGGAUAGCGAUAUCAGACAUGCUCAGUCUGAGAAGUAAUUUUGCAAUUGAGCUCCUAGACGACAUGAUAUUUGCCAUUGGGGGGUUUAAUGGUGUCACUACAAUUUACAGUGUUGAAUGUUAUGAUUCCACCACAGAUGAAUGGUAUGACGCUGCUAACAUGAAUUUGUACCGAAGUGCACUCAGCGCAUGCGUGGUAAAAGAACUACCAAAUGUGGAGGAUUAUAUGGACAAAGAAAGAUAGAUAUUUCAGACUUCUACUUUUCAGAAAAUGAAUUUUAAUCAAAAUCCAGGAGGUUAACUUUUUUUUUACUCCUUUACUCUAAGCUUACGGAAUUUAUUAAAGUAUUUAGAUUAAUAUUUGAUAAAAAAUUAAAAUACAUCUUUUAUAGAAAAUGAUAAUCUCAAGAAGAAAAAUUUCUUAUGAUAAAAA